CUCACGAGUUCUAAAGAAGCAAAGAAUGCAGCACUGAAGGCUAUUCCUCUUGGCAGACUGGGCCGGCCUGAAGACUGUGCAGGAGCUGUUGCCUACUUGGUCUCCGAUGAUUCCUCUUGGGUGACAGGGGAGACCAUUGUGGUGGCUGGAGGUGUCACAAGUCGGCUGUAG